UCCCCUCCCCCCUCCUCUUCCCGUCCGCUCCCCUCCCCCCCUCCUCUUCCCGUCCCCUCCCCUCCCCUCGCGCCGGGCUGGUUCUGCGGCGAAGCGUGGCGCCCUCUGCGGAAGGCGGUGCGGACAUGUGCAGGAUGUCCUUCAAGAAGGAAACUCCACUUGCCAACGCUGCAUUCUGGGCAGCAAAGAGAGGAAACUUGGCCCUGCUGAAGCUGCUGCUGAACAGCGGACGGGUGGAUGUGGACUGCAGAGACAGCCAUGGCACCACGCUCCUCAUGGUGGCCUCUUAUGCUGGCCACAUAGCCUGUGUGAGGGAGCUGGUUCUUCAGGGAGCAGACAUCAACCUUCAGAGAGAGUCAGGUACAACCGCCCUGUUCUUUGCUGCCCAGCAAGGCCAUGAUGACGUUGUGAGAUUUCUCUUUGGAUUCGGAGCAUCCACUGAAUGUAGGACCAAGGAUGGGGGCACUGCCCUGCUGGCUGCCAGUCAGUAUGGGCACAGGCAGGUGGUGGAGACCUUGUUGAAGCACGGAGCCAACAUCCAUGACCAACUCUAUGAUGGAGCCACUGCCCUCUUUCUAGCCGCCCAAGGAGGUUACUUGGAUGUCAUCCGAUUGUUGUUGUCCUCAGGAGCAAAAGUCAACCAGCCAAGGCAGGAUGGGACGGCACCACUGUGGAUUGCGUCGCAGAUGGGCCACAGCGAGGUGGUGCGUGUGAUGCUGCUACGUGGAGCCGAGCGCGAUGCUGCACGCCAUGAUGGUACCACAGCAUUGUUAAAAGCAGCCAACAAGGGGUAUAAUGAUGUUAUAGAAGAGUUGCUUAAAUUCUCACCCACUCUUGGUCUUUUGAAGAAUGGCACAACAGCGCUCCAUGCGGCGGUGCUAAGUGGGAAUAUUAAAACAGUUGCCCUGCUCCUGGAGGCGGGGGCGGAUCCAGCCCUGAGAAACAAGGUGUUUUCACAGUCCUGCAUUUGGUUCGGAGAGUGUGGAAUUGCAUCUGGAGAUAAAAGGUACAACUGCAAAUAUUCUGGGCCACCAAAACCACUGCCAAAGGACGGGUAUGACUUAGUGCAGGAGCUCUGUCCGGGAUUCUUCUUUGACAAUGUCAGCCUCUGUUGUGACGUUCAGCAGCUGCAGACCCUGAAAGACAACCUGCAGCUGCCUCUGCAGUUUCUGUCCAGAUGUCCAUCCUGUUUUUACAACCUAAUGAACCUAUUUUGUGAGCUGACCUGCAGCCCCCAUCAGAGCCAGUUUCUGAAUGUUACAGCAACCGAGGAUUACAUUGAUCCUGACACAAACCAGACAAGAACCAAUGUGAAAGAGUUACAGUACUAUAUUGGACAAAGUUUUGCCAAUGCGAUGUACAAUGCCUGCCGGGACGUGGAGGCCCCUUCCAGUAACGACAAGGCCCUGGGGCUGCUGUGCGGGAGGGAUGCCGACACCUGCAAUGCCACUAACUGGAUUGAGUACAUGUUCAACAAGGACAACGGACAGGCGCCGUUUACAAUCACUCCCAUUUUUUCAGAUCUCCCCAUCCACGGCAUGGAGCCCAUGAGAAAUGCCACCAAAGCCUGCAACGAAUCUGUGGAUGAGGUCACGGGGCCCUGCAGCUGCCAGGAUUGCUCCAUCGUGUGCGGCCCCAAGCCCCAACCCCCGCCCCCGCCCGUCCCUUGGCGACUCCUUGGCUGGGACGCCAUGUACGUCAUCAUGUGGAUCACCUACAUGGCAUUUUUGGUUGUGUUUUUUGGAGCAUGUUUUGCAGUGUGGUGCUACAGGAAACGAUACUUUGUCUCGGAGUACACUCCCAUCGACAGCAACAUGGCCCUUGGUGGGGACACCAGUGACAAAGGAGAGAUCGCCUGCUGCGACCCACUGGGCACCUGCUUCGAGGGCUGUUUGAGGCACCUUUUCACACGCUGGGGGGCUUUCUGCGUCCAAAGGCCUGGCUACGUCAUCUUCUUCUCGCUGGUCUUCAUCGCCUCGUGCUCUUCAGGCCUGGUGUUUGUCCGCCUCACCACCAACCCAGUGGACCUGUGGUCAGCCCCCAGCAGCCAGGCCCGCUUGGAGAAGGAGUACUUCGACACGCACUUUGGGCCCUUCUUCCGGACGGAGCAGCUCAUCAUCCAGGCCCCGCACACUGGCAAACACCCCUACUCCCCGUACCCCUCCGGAGCCGAUGUGCCCUUCGGACCUCCGCUUGACAAAGAGAUCCUGCACCAGGUUCUCGACUUACAAAUAGCCAUUGAAAACAUUACCGCCUAUUAUAACAACGAGACAGUGACACUUGGGGACAUCUGCCUGGCCCCUCUCUCACCGUAUAACAAGAACUGCACCAUCUUUAGUGUGCUGAAUUACUUCCAGAAUAGCCACGCUACACUGGACCAUAUAGUGGGGGACGACUUCUUCGUGUACGCGGACUACCACACGCACUUUCUGUACUGCGUCCGGGCUCCCGCCUCGCUGAAUGACACAAGUCUGCUCCAUGACCCUUGCCUGGGGACGUUCGGAGGACCAGUGUUCCCGUGGCUUGUGCUGGGAGGCUAUGACGAUCAAAACUACAAUAAUGCCACUGCCCUUGUGAUUACCUUCCCUGUCAAUAAUUACUACGAUGAUCCCGAGAAACUGCAGCGGGCCCAGGCCUGGGAGAAAGAGUUCAUUCACUUUGUGAGUAACUAUAAGAAUCCAAAUCUGACCAUUUCUUUCACUGCUGAACGAAGUAUCGAAGAUGAGCUGAACCGAGAAAGUAACAGCGAUGUCUUCACGAUUGUGAUCAGCUAUGCCGUCAUGUUUCUGUACAUCUCUCUGGCCCUGGGCCACAUCAGAGGCUGCUGCAGGUUCCUGAUAGACUCUAAGAUCUCGCUUGGCAUCGUGGGCAUCCUCAUCGUGCUGAGCUCGGUGUCCUGCUCCUUGGGCAUCUUCAGCUACAUCGGGAUCCCGUUGACCCUCAUUGUGAUCGAAGUCAUCCCAUUCCUUGUGCUGGCUGUUGGGGUGGACAACAUUUUCAUCCUGGUGCAGACCUACCAGAGAGAUGAACGCCUUCAAGGAGAAACCCUGGAUCAGCAGCUGGGCAGGGUCCUAGGAGAAGUGGCUCCUAGUAUGUUCCUGUCGUCCUUUUGCGAGACCACAGCAUUCUUCCUAGGAGCACUGUCAGCCAUGCCGGCCGUGCAUACCUUCUCCCUCUUCGCGGGGCUGGCGGUCUUCAUUGACUUCCUCCUUCAGAUGACCUGCUUCGUGAGUCUCCUGGGCAUGGACAUUAGGCGUCAAGAGAAAAACCGGCUGGACAUCCUCUGCUGUGUCCAAGGGGCAAACGAUGGGAGGAGCGUCCAGGCCUCGGAAAGCUGCCUGUUUCACUUCUUCAAAAACUCCUAUUCCCCACUUCUGCUCAAAGACUGGAUGCGGCCACUGGUGGUUGCCAUCUUCGUGGGCCUCCUUUCAUUCAGUGUCGCAGUCCUAAACAAAGUGGAAAUCGGCUUGGAUCAGUCUCUCUCCAUGCCAGAUGACUCCUAUGUCAUAGACUACUUCAGAUCCCUGGGUCAGUACCUACACGCGGGGCCGCCUGUGUACUUUGUCGUGGAAGAGGGGCACGACUACACCUCCCGGCCCGGGCAGAACAUGGUGUGCGGCGGCAUGGGCUGUGACAAUGACUCGCUGGUGCAGCAGAUAUUCAACGCAGCCCAGCUGGACAACUACACCCGGAUCGGCUUUGCUCCCUCGUCCUGGAUCGACGAUUAUUUUGACUGGGUGAAGCCGCAGUCCUCUUGCUGUAGACUUUACAACGCCACAGCCCAGUUCUGCAAUGCAUCAGUGAUUGACCCCACCUGCGUCCGCUGCAGGGCUCUGACUCCAGAGGGCAAACAGAGACCUCAGGGUGGAGACUUCAUGAGAUUCCUGCCCAUGUUCCUGUCUGAUAACCCUAACCCCAAGUGUGGCAAGGGGGGCCAUGCCGCCUACGGCUCGGCCGUGAACCUCCUGGGCAAUGCCACGGGUGUUGGUGCCACGUACUUCAUGACCUACCACACCGUGCUGCAGACCUCCACCGACUAUAUCGAUGCACUGAGGAAAGCCCGGCUCGUGGCUGACAACAUCACCCGGACCAUGAGCGCCAAAGGCAGCAACUACCGUGUGUUCCCAUACAGCGUGUUCUACGUCUUCUACGAGCAGUACCUGACCAUCAUCGAGGACACAGUCUUUAACCUCGGCGUGUCGCUGGGGUCCAUAUUUCUGGUGACCAUGGUGGUCCUGGGCUGUGAGCUGUGGUCCGCAGUCAUCAUGUGUGCCACCAUCGCCAUGAUCCUGGUCAACAUGUUCGGCGUCAUGUGGCUAUGGGGCAUCAGUCUGAACGCAGUUUCUCUGGUCAACUUGGUGAUGAGCUGUGGCAUUUCUGUGGAGUUCUGCAGCCACAUAACCAGAGCCUUCACUGUGAGCUGCAGGAAGAGCCGUGUGGACCGAGCACAAGAGGCGCUGGCUCACAUGGGCAGCUCCAUAUUCAGUGGGAUCACCCUUACGAAGUUUGGAGGAAUUGCAGUGUUGGCUUUUGCCAAAUCGCAAAUUUUCCAGAUAUUUUACUUCCGGAUGUAUUUAGCUAUGGUCUUACUGGGAGCCACUCAUGGACUCAUAUUUCUCCCUGUCCUCCUCAGUUAUAUAGGGCCAUCAGUGAAUAAAGCCAAAAUUCAUUCCACUAGAGAGCGAUACAGAGGCACAGAGCGAGAUCGACUGCUAAAUUUCUAGCCAUCUGGCGGGGCCUGGUGACUCUGAACUGUGUCUGUGGAUUGGGCUGCUGACUAGUGGGCAGCAGUUAUACUGUCCAGCUGAACUGACCACUCCAUGUCCACAGACAUCAGGCUAUUCAUUGCAGCGCCAGCAUCAUGCUUCCGAGCUCGGGAAUGCGAAUCUGACUUGUCAAGCAGUAUUAGUGGAAUCUGAAGGUGACCAUGGGAUGCUGAAAUUCCCCUCAAGCCCUGUUUUUUCAAGACAGAACCCUCAUCUUCAACAAAAGGAAGGACACUGGGAAGGCUGGGAAUGAGAUCUGCCCACUGACACUAAAAAGGCCAAUCCAUGCUCUCCUUUUUUUAGGAGUAAGCCACCACACAUUCUAGACUGUAUUUUUAGUAACAUUUGAGGAUGUUGUAGAUACACUUGACUAUAUAACAUUUUGUAGCUUAAAGAACUUUAUUGCAAUAAAUUAACUUUUUACACAUUUUUAUAUAUAUUUUUAAAAAACUAGCAAAUUUCAGAAUGUUGUAGACUUCAUUAGAGCUUGGUCUCCAAAAACCUGUUUAAAAAAAGCAACAUGUUCCUCACAGUGUUCUCCUGUAAAUUAAAAAGAAAGGAAAAUGAGAAUACAGUGCAUAGAUUACACACUGGGUUUUAACUUAUUUUUCUUUAAUAAAAUACCUUGUUUUCCUAA